CUUUUAUGAAUCCUAUGACGAGCAGUGGUUGUUUGUAGAAGCCUAUUGUAAACAACGGUUGCUGCAGUAUGCACUGGCACUGCGGUGUGCAUGGGCGACGUGGUGCUGCAAUGCACGCGGCUGUUGUGGUGUAUCAAGAGGCCCCCAAGAGAGCUCCGUAGCCAUUUUGGUCGAAGCCGUUUUGGCUCGACGCAGGACCAUCGUCCCUAAUCCAUAUCAGGUUGACAGACCAGGACCUUCGCAAUCCUUCCGCACCUAGUAGGCACCAUGGUCGGAGAAAGCUUCCCAGUUCUUCCAGCUUGGUUCUUCUACAUCUACCACGUCAUCGGUGGUUGGAUCAUUGGGCGUACCGUUACAUUUUGUCCACACCCGAUCCCAGUCCUGACUGUGUUCUUUGGUAUCCAGGGUCUGAUCGAACAUUAUGCUGACAAGUUCCCCACAGUUGCAAAGUUGAACGCACCAUUAACACUGGUGCUCCUGGGGUUCCUCGGCUAUUGGUUGUACACUCUGUUCGCCAUCAGCACAGCACCGCAUUGGGUUCUUUGGGCCGCCAUCGCCAUCUAUCUUGCCGUUGUGGGUAUCGCAAAGACUAUGGAGCUUGGAUUUCCGAAGGACACAGUUGAAGAGCAGGUUUCGGCCCUCAAGGACCCGAACUACAACUUUCUGGCACUUUUGGCUCCACAACUUCUUCACGGCUUUCUUCCUCUUCCUAUCGGCCACUUGCCCAGGCGUCUUCCCGAAGGAUGCAUUGAUUGACUUUGGCGGGACGGCUCUUGCAGAGGUACGCGAAGAAGAUACGGAGCUCCCCUCGGCACACAUGGUUGUGUUGUUCGGUGUAUGCCUCAUGUCCUUUGCCGUGGGCGUCGGGAUCGGAGGCCGAUGGUGCCUUCGGCGUGACGUCGCACAGGUCGAUGCCACUUCUCUUCUUGUAGCGUGAUUCGUCGAGGCGAGCGUCACUGUUGUCAGGUGCGCCUGGCGACGGGGGCUGGGUUCCCCGCCCCAGCUGCCCCUCCCCCGCAACGUUCCCCCUCGAGCCCUGCUCCCCGCCGCGACGCUCUGAGCGGCCGCCGUGCGCCCUGGGGCGCGGCGCAGCGCCGAGGCCAGAAGAAAGCAGAGGCCCCCCAAGAGAGCGCAGGCACGGGCUUCCGAGACCACCUUCCGGCAUGCAGGGGGGCUUCCAGCCGGGAGCUCCGGCUCGGCGCGUCUCGCUCCGCUGGCUCUGGCCCGCCGCGCUGCGGCGCGACGCGCUGUCCACUUCCCGGUUCCCAGGCGUCCACGUCCCGAGCCUCUCCCAGCCUCCUGCCCCGCGGAGCGGAGCGACGUGGCAUCCGCUCGCGAGGGGGCAGCGCGUCGCGGGGGCCGCCGCGGCGACACGCGAUGCAAAAGGUCCUGACCCUACACGGGAGACUUGGGCCUCCCACCACGCUCCCGAGGCCUCUCGAAAGGUCACGCGAGGGGAAACCAGACCGCCCGGGAGCGUUGGUGCCGCCUGGGGCUGGCGGCCGGGGCCCCUAACGAGCAUCUGCAGUGUUCAAGGCAGAUGCCCUCGAAGGGGCCUGGGGACACCCCACCCAGCGCCUACGGUGGCGGAUAGGGGGCCGUU